AUGGCGCCAGAACCACAGUUCUGCACAGACAUCACCACUGAGUGCCUGAAAUACACCAUCUACGGAUACCGGCCCAACCUGGGUGUCAACGCCUUCUUUGUCGCCUUCUUCGCCGUUUGCUUCGGUGCAAACAUUUGGCUGGGCAUUCGCUGCCGCAUCAAAGGCUAUGCCAUUGCACUAGCUCUUGGCUGCUUGGCCAUGGUCUUAGGGUAUCUCGGUCGUCUCGGCCUAUACUUCCGACCCUUUGACGCGAUCCCCUUCCAGGCUCAGGUCUGCUGCCUCAUCAUUGCCCCGGCUUUCAACAGCGCGGCUGUUUAUCUCAUGCUCAAAUACCUUGUCGAACUGUUUGGUCCCGAGUGCUCUAUUCUCAAACCGAAGCAGUACACCAUCGUGUUCGUUACCGCCGACAUCAUUUCCCUGGUUUUACAGGCAACUGGCGGUGGCAUCGCAGCAACUGCCGGCUCCGACAAGGAUAUGCUUGAGUUAGGAAAUAAUAUCAUGAUGGCAGGAAUUGCGUUCCAGGUCGUUACCCUAUCCAUAUUCGCCAUCUUGUCGGUCUUGUUCCUCGCCAGGCGAAUCGCGGCACGUCCUGUAGAUCCUCUCUCCGGCACCGCAUUGGAGGCAUGGCGCAGCAUGCGUUUUCGACUCUUCUUGUUCGGUCUUAUCACCGCAUUCACUGCUAUUUAUAUCCGUUGUAUCUACCGAAUUGCCGAAAUGAGAGGGGGCUGGGGUAACGACCUCAUGAAGGAUGAGAUUGCCUUUAUCAUUCUGGAAGGAUUUAUGAUGCUCAUUGCGACAUUGGCUCAGACCGUCUUGCAUCCUGGCCUUCUCUUUCCGGCAAUGCUUGGUCCGCAAAUGAAGUCGAAGGACUUGUCAGGAACAUGGACCGACAUCACCGAGCUGCCUAUCAUCACUAAAUAA